AUGGUGAAUGUAUCAAAGAAGAUCUGGUUGUUUUGGACUGAUGGAUGGCAAGCUCAAAUUAUAGUAGAUGUAGUGCAACAUGUUACUUUUAAAUUAUCUAAUGUGAAUCGGCCGCAAGAAGCAUAUGUAACAGCUGUAUAUGCCAAAUGCAUUGCUGUGGAGAGGCAGGAUUUAUGGGACUCAAUUGUUCAGGUUGCUUUGAAUGUUCAAGUACCAUGGAUUGUUGAGGGUGAUUUCAAUGUCAUCCUCAAACCUGAGGAAAAUUUGGGAGGUCUGCCUAUGCAUCAUAAAGAAACUGCUGAAUUUGCACAUUUUGUGAACAAUUGUGGUCUCUUGGAAUUGAAAUUCUCUGGUAGUAGGUAUACUUGGUGGAAUGGAAGAAUUGAAGAGGAUUUCAUAUUCAAGAGAUUAGACAGAGUUUUCAGAAAUCAGGAGUUCAUGGACUUAUUUCCAUCAUCUAAAUUUCUGGAAAUGGUUGAGAAUAACUGGCAUUUGGAUUUUGCAGCUAAUCCAUUCAUUGAGUUUCAGACAAAGAUGAAAAAGGUGAAACAAGCUUUGGCAGGCUGGAGUAGGGAAACAUUUGGCAAUAGUUUCUAA